AUGCCUCCUCCAUCCAAGCGCAAGUUCAGGCCACGAGGCGGCGCUGGUGCUGGUGCUGGUGCAGGUAACGGCAACGGCAAUGGCGCACCUGCGACUCCGCGCUCGAGCGUUGCACAGCACCCGAAGCGUCCCAGGGUCGAAAGCACAAUGCCCGCGACCGAGGGUACUGUCGACGUAAAGCAGAUGUACAGCACGUCCGCUGGCGACGCGGAGCCAAAGCCGUGGUCGGUGAUGAACGGCAAGCUGGACAAGGCACUGCUGAACAACCUGGACAAGAUGGGCUUCGAGUUCAUGUCGCCAGUCCAGCAAAAGGUCCUCACCGAGCUGCCGUCCUUUUCCUCCGACUGCGUUGUGCAGGCCAAGACAGGCACGGGCAAGACUGUCGCCUUUUUGCUUCCCGCCAUCCAGAACCUGCUGUCGGGCAAUAUGCCCCCGCGAGGCCAUGUUGGUAUUCUCGUAGUCUGUCCCACGCGCGAGCUCGCUCUCCAGAUCGCCAAGGAGUGCACGGCCGUCACUGCUUCUUUGCCGCAGAGGAUGGAGUGCCAUACAGCUUUUGGCGGUACUGCACGUGCAUCGAGCCUGAAGCUUUUCCUCAACGGCAACCCUACCGUUCUCGUUGCUACCCCUGGCCGGCUUGACGAUAUUCUAGGCGAAGAGGAGGUGCGCCGGAGGUUCACUCAUGUCCAGACGGUUGUCCUUGAUGAGGCCGAUCAGAUGCUUGACCAGGGGUUUGCGCCCGCCAUCAAGAAGAUCCUGAGGCAGAUUCCCCCUAAGAAUGACGGCUGGCAGGGUAUGUGCUUCUCCGCUACCCUUCCCGAGUCAGUUCUUGACGUCGCCAAAUGUGUGCUUUUUCCCGGGUACACUCACCUGUCUACAUUGGAUCCCAACGAGGUGCCGACGCAUGAACGAGUUCCACAGUUUUACUUUUCGGUCCCUGCCGUCCAACAGACAUUUGCUGCUCUCCUGGGAUUGAUUAAGGAAGAGCAUUCGCAAGACCCCAAGGACUUCAAAGUCAUUGUAUUUGGCACUACUGCCAAUGGCGUCGCAUUACUCUACGAGCUAUUCAGGCAAGCCCUGCCCCAGUUCAAGGCAUUCGAACUGCACAGCCGCAUGAACCAGAACGCACGAACACGUACAACAAAAGAGUUCAAAGAGGCAGAAAGCGGAAUUCUAUUCGCUUCUGACGUUGUUGGCCGUGGCAUGGACUUCCCGAAUGUUGGCUUGGUGAUCCAAGUGGGUCUUCCUUCCAGCGGCGAGCAAUAUGUCCAUCGAGUAGGACGUACUGCUCGUGCCGGCAAGGACGGGCGAGCCGUGCUGAUCGUUACCGAAAACGAGUCGUUCUUCCCCAAAACGAAUCCCAACUUGCCCAUUCAGCCCUAUCCGGUGGACAUCGUGUCGCAGCUGCCGACGCACCAAUCGACCAUCGAUAGAGCUUUUGUCAAGGUCGAUGAACUCGCAAAGACCAAGGCUUACCAAGCAUUCCUCGGGUACAACAAACCUUUCUGCAAGAGACUGAGGUUGUCCACGGCGGAACUUGUACGCGUGGCUAAUGACUAUGCGUUUGCCAUGGGCUGCCCGGAGACGCCUAUGUUAGAAAAGUCGACUGUCGGCAAGAUGGGCCUAAAGGGCGUGCCCGGUCUGAGGAUCGGUUCGACGAGGAGGUGA